GCUGCCACCGUGUCCCAGAACUGCCAUGUCCUCGUGCUGCCUCUCUCACUGAUGGCUUUAGAACUCCAAGAUGAACAAACAGAUGGGGACCCGCUGCCCAACGCCGUGAGGAUGAACCGCUGCAGCCACCUUCCUGGAGUGUCCCCAGAGUGCCCACGCCCUCCAGCCCCCGAUGGAAAGAACCUGCCCGGCAGCAGUGGAGGCCUGGCCACCAGCUGUCCCCCCCAGUAUGUCAUGCAAGUGUCCUCCAAGGAUGGGCAGCUGCUCUCGUCCGUCGUGCGCUCCCUCACCAUGCAGAGCAGCCCCUUCAAUGACCGGCCCAUCUGCAGAAUCUGCCACGAGGGCAGCAGCCACGAGGAGCUGCUAUCCCCCUGCGAGUGCACGGGGACGCUGGGCACCAUCCACCGCAGCUGCCUGGAGCACUGGCUGUCCUCCUCCAACACCAGCUACUGCGAGCUCUGCCACUUCAGGUUUGCAGUGGAACGCAAGCCCAGGCCACUGGUGGAGUGGCUGAGGAACCCUGGCCCCCAGCACGAGAAGAGGACUCUCUUUGGGGACAUGGUGUGCUUCUUGUUCAUCACCCCGCUGGCCACCGUCUCCGGCUGGCUGUGCCUGCGGGGAGCUGUGGACCACCUGCACUUUAGCAGUAGGCUGGAAGCUGUCGGCCUCAUUGCACUCACUGUGGCACUCUUCACUAUUUACCUCUUUUGGACCCUGGUGUCCUUCAGGUACCACUGCCGGCUGUACCACGAAUGGCGUCGGAACAAUCAGCGGGUGAUGCUGCUCUUCCCAAAAUCUGCCAACGUCCCCUCCACCCAGCAGUCCCUGCUGGACCUGCAGCCCCUCAAAAGGAGCUCCAAGGAAACAAUCGUGUGAUUUGGGGUGGAGCUGUGCACUGAAGAUGGUUUUUUUGUCUCAGACUCGUUGGGGUUGGGCAGCAUCCAGCACCCAGGAAUGUGCAAUUUGAAUUUACAGACUGAGCGCAGAGGGAUAAAAUCACAGUCAGAAUUCAAGUUCAUGGAUGCUGCAGUCAUUCGUGGCGUUUGCUAAGCUGCCAAAUGUGUUUAGUUAGCAGGGACCCUACGGAUUCUGCAAGUAUGUUAAUUGUUGCAUCAUCAAGUGAUACAAACUUUUUUUGUUGUUUAAAGUACUAAACUAUGGUAAUUAACAAUGCAAAAAAUGCAGGUUUAAAAAGUGCUUUGUUUUUAUGAUUUCUUCUUCUUACAGUACUGUUUCUUUAGGCAGCUGGACAGUAACCUAUUUAAAAUAUUUACUGGACAGUAAAUAUUUAUUUCUGCUUCCUAAAGCAUAGCAAUGGCAUUUCCUCAUAUGAUUUUAUCUGCAGGUCCGUUAUAACGUUUUGAUGAUUAAAAUUUGUUUGUAAUGAGCUCUAAAAAUUGGCACAUUAUUUAAAUGCUACAAAGUGAUUAGAAAAUUGUAUUACCCAUUUCCUGUUUGGCAGGGAGGUUCUGAUGGGGAGAUUCUUCAGUUAUGAAUCCAGCAUGCACAAUAGAAAAAUUAGACAAAUUGCAGUAAUCUUCCUAUCAAAAGUAUUCUAGUUUAUAGCACUCAGGAAAAAAGAAAAAUUUACUUUUCCAUGAAGAAGCACCACAUUCUUCAGUGAAGUGCACAUUCUGCUGGUAUGAAUUCAAACUCAGCCAAUUUAUCCUGCAUUUACACCAGGCUGAAUUAAACUUUACAGCUUACUUUCAUAUAGGGAAAGCUCUGCAUACAUAAUGAAUGAGAUCAUCAGAGAAGUUUUAGGAAGCAGGGACUUGUCUUGCAUAAAGAACAGCAUUAUUUUAAAGGAGCAGAAACUCCAGCUUGAGAGGUAGGAUUUAGCAGUGUGUGCAAACCCUGGGCUCUUA